AUGCAACAGGCGCUGGAAAGGGCUUUGGACCGUGCGGACUAUGUCAUCGCAGGUGCCCAGCAGAGGCCUCCAAAGAGGAAAGGCUCGUCGAGUGGGGAAGCAUCUCUCUACGAGAAACUUUACGACAUCUAUGUGGAAGAAUGUGGGAGAGAGCCUGAGGAUCCGGAGGAGCUACGAAGCAACGUGAACUUGCUAGAGAAGCUCGUGAGGAGAGAGUCGUUGCCGUGUUUAGUGGUCAACCUGCACCGGGGAGAGGGGGGAUAUUCGCUGAUGCUCCAGGGCAAACACGGAGCAUAUUCGGAGACCGUUCGGCUGCCCUACGAAGAACACGAAUUGCUCGAAUACCUGGAUGCUGAAGAAUUACCUCCCGCUCUGCUGGACGUGCUGGAAAAAUCGGAGGUGAACCUCUUCCAGCGCGGGUGCGUCAUAGCGCAGGUGCGGGACUACAGGCAGUGCAGCGGUGGGGAACCUCCGGGCUACCAGAGCAGGCACAUUCUCCUGCGCCCGACCAUGCAGACGUUAGCCUGCGACGUGCAGUCCAUAACCAGCGAUGGCCAGGAAUGGACCCAGGAAGACAAACUGUCGCUUGAGAGCCAGCUGAUCUUGGCUACCGCUGAGCCCCUGUGUCUGGAUCCUUCUGUAGCAGUAGCCUGCGUGGCGAACAGGCUGCUCUAUAACAAGCAAAAGAUGAACACUGGGCCGAUGAAAAGGAGCUUCAGGAGGUACUCUGCCCCCUCUCUGCAUCGGCAGCGGGAGCUGUCUGCUUGUCCCCCUCCUCCUGAGCUGACAGUAUGGGCCUCUUGCAGGAAACGCAGAGAGCGCCAAGACCGUCCGUGGUACGACCUCAAAAUUUCUAAAGCGGGGAGCUGCGUAGAUACAUGGAAGCGGAGACCCUGUGACUUGGCGGUGCCUUCGGAAGUGGAUGUGCAGAAAUAUGCCAGAGGGAAGAGGUCCGCCCAACGGGACGUCUCCCCUCCGGGAGUCUGGGCAGCCGGCGAGGUGAGGGACGGUGGUGCGUGUGGCUGCGAAGCCGGCCAUGAGCCUCGGAGCACGGAGCUGACCUUCCCGCAGUCGCCGCCGCCGAAUAAUCCACCUUUCUCUGGAGCGAGAAGGCCCUGGAAGGAAGACGGGUGGGAGGGACAGAUGUCUCCUCCGCACCCCUGCACAGAUGACCGUUCCGGCCGUGUCCCACCCGGAUCAAAGACUGCGGCCGGCGGGGUGGUCCCGGGGGCAGAGUUGGCGGUCCCGCAGAAGGCCAGCUGUACGGUCACCGGGUCGGAUGGCUCAGGCGGCCUCAGUGGGCUUCCUCCCGGGAACGACCCAGAACAGCCUGACAUGGCGUCGGUUCGGUCCCCAGUCCAGGGGGAGGGCGUGGGACGGCCCCCUCUGCGCAUCAGACUUCCCUGGAGCUCAGGAAAGAGCCAGUCGGGGAACAGUUUUAUUCCAUGGGAGGCCAGCAGCUUUCUUAAAUCUCCAUCUCCUGCUCCCGCUCCUAAGCCACCAAGUCCUUCGCAGCAAUCCCCCGUGGACGUGAAUCGAGGGAGCCCGCUUCCAGCAGCCACCGUGUCCGCCGCCAGCGCACCACAGAGGAGCCCGGCCAGCCGGGUCUCCGCCGGCUCCCAGCAGUCCUCUGUGAGCGUGACCGGACUGGGCACGCUUCCUGCAGCCCCCCUGUCCCCGGCCAGCUCGUCCGUGAGAGCCCCGGCCACCCGGGUCCCAGCCAAGGCCCAGAAAUCCUCUGUGGAAGUGAUUCGAGUGAGCGUGUUUCCUGCAGGCACUUUGCCCACCGCCAGCUCCUCACUGAGAGCCCCGGCCACCCCGGUCAUGGCCAAGUCCCCGAAAUCCUCUGGGAAGGAGGGCCCUGGAGUCAGCAGGCUGCCUGCGACCACCCCGUCCCCCGCCAGCUCAUCGCAGAGCAGCCCGGCCGCCCAGGUCACGGCCAGCUCCGCGGGCCACAGCCUCCUCCAAGCGGCGGGCCCUGGUUGCGGAGCGCGGGCUUUGGAGAGGGGCUCCGGCCCGGGGCAGGGCCCUCAGGCUGGCGCCAAGGCUCCUGCGGGGAUCCAGCCCAGCAGCCUGCCCUCAGGCGCUCGGCCGCCCAGUGCGGUGCCCACUGCAGCGCGGAGUCUUCCGGUCCGCGUCCAGUUAUUUUUAAAACACGCUUGCGGCCUCAGGCCAGUAACUCUCCUGGAGGUUCCCCAAGAUUCGCUCCUUUUGAACACGGCGCGGCAGCCAGAGCGGCGGCUCUAUCAGUUGAUUUCCCAAGAACAACUUCAGCAAGCCUCCACUGGGGGUCCUCAGCGGCCUGGGCCCCAGGGUCCAAGUGCAAGAGGUGCAGCCAGUCCAGAAAGGGCCUCCUCUGCUCAGCAGGCUGUGAUGCUAAACCGGGCCGGAGAGGGGGAGCUGCCGCAGCCCCACGCGGCGGUGUCGGCCCCGCUUGGCUCUGGGGAGAGCCAGAGAAGCCCCGAGCAGAGCGGUCCUCGUCCCGCGCACACACUGCGGCCGGCCCCUGCCUCGCAGCCGCCGCCCCAGCCGCAGGGACCACGGUUGAGAAUCUUGCAGGGCCCUGUGGCCGUGACGACAGUCGCCGCCCAGACAGCUGGGCUGCCUCUGGGCCCGCAGCCCGCAAGCCAGGCCAAAGGUAAAAUGGACAGAAGCCCGCCUUCCCCUCCCAAAUCCUGA